AUGAACUCCAGUAGAAUAGCUGAUUAUAGCGUUUGCAAUCAUUCUGAUUUCGGAGACGACAGGAACUCAGGGAAGGUGUUCGACGUGACGCGUUGCUUUACGCACAAAGUGCCAUCCCAAGCGUCUUUGCUUCAUACUGCACCGAGGGACGAGGCUCUUGUAGACUCCUCAGUCAAUGCACUUGACACCUCACCAGAGGGUAGUACCCUUCUGGAGGUUGUAGUACCCAUGUCUUCUAAACUGCAUCCUAAAGAUGAGACAACAACAGCACAUUCACUUGGUCUUUGCAUCCGAUUGGGCCGAGGAGGUCCACAUGGCACACUACGAACGAUUCUCAUUCGUCUAACGGACCCAGAGGACCCUUUUUUCCUCUUUGAGUUAGAGCUUAUUGAAGAAGAUUACAGUGCUUUCAAGCAAAGGCUCGAGCUUUUGGUCGAUUUCUACGGAUUCCCACGUUUUUUCGUGAACAUGAUUCAAGGAAUUACGCAAGGCACAUCUCCUUUUCAAAUCAGCUUUGCUGUACACGCAAACGAUGCCAGUCGUGGUACGCUUCGAAUCAUCGAAAUUACUUCAUUUAAAACUGUAGAGCACAUUUCUUUAAUUCUAAUACGACAGGGUGAUACAGGGCAAAAAACAUAUCUUGCACAGCGUUUUCGGCACUUUGAGCAAGCUUUCCUUCAAUGCAAUUCGGAACGCAAAGAAGAAGGGGAGCGAGCACAUCAGAUGAUUCAGGACCUGAAACACCGUGUCGAAGGGUUGACUGAAGCAAAUCGAUCUCUUAAAGAGGAACUGCGUGUUCUUACUGCACAAUCCGAGAAGGAUAAAUUGACUUCCCUGAACACGCUGCGUGAGGUCCAUCAGAAUGAUAUGGAAGUGCUUCGUAACAGCUAUGAGGAUAAGCUGAAAGAUGCACAAAAUAAAGUUUCGAAUAUUGAGCAACAUUUAAAGGAAAAUAAUCAAACAAAAGAUGCAAUUAUUGAUGAACUGCGCAAGCGCAGCGAAGCUUCUGAGACCACUCUGAAAUCGCUCAGAUUGGACAAUAAACACUUGGAGGAAACCCGUGAUGCUCAGCAACUAGAGCUUGAGAAGCUUCGUAAAUUGUUACAGGAGCUCAAGAUGUACCAAAUGGAAGCAACAAGUGUCAUUUCGGAAAAUAAGCUCAAUUAUGUUUCCCUGAGUGAACGUCUGCGGAGCUCUCUGGCGUCUCUGCAAAGUAAGGAAGAGGAGCUCGAAACCGCGAAAUCGCACCUCCAGAAGCAGGACAGCUAUAUCAAUAUGCUAAACAAACAAAACGAACAGCUCACCACGCAACUCCAGCAUGUCGGGAAAUCGCUUGAUAAAGCUAAUUACAUUAUUGGUAACCAACUACAAACCAUAAAAAACACAAAAGAACGCUUCAAAGUGGCAACAGAACAGCUACGCACCCAUCAAGCCCUUCUUUCAGAGCAAGAGAAUGCGUCCAUUCGUGUGAAAAAGGAGCUUGCCAGUUAUCAAGACCAUGUUCAGAGCCUUCAAGUAAAAAAUAAUGAACUACGGGAGCAGCUGCAAAAAACUGAUGAGCACAGGGAAAAGUUGUCGCAAGAGCUUAAGCAAACACAAAUGGCGUUGCUGCACCUUCAGCGUAGUACAAGCGUCACUGGAAGGCAUUGGAGCUCGUGGGGGAGCGUGAAGGGAUCGCUUUCUCCCGGGUUGACAUCCAACGCAACAUCAUGGAAGCCAUCUCCAAGCCUUGAUGCGCUUCGAGGGCCGGACGGUCGCGUGAACAGCCCCUCAAUUUCUGUGAAAGAAACUGCUUCCUACGCGGAGGAUUCAACCGCACGGAUGCCUCUUUUUGCGUAUUCGGCAGCACAGGAAGAUAAAUCUGCGAUUUCACGCACACCCUCAGCAGGAGCUAUGAGAGCCCCUUCAUGCCAGCAGGCCACUUUGGGUAAGCCAGAGUCGAGGAGGGUGUCAUAUGAAGCGCGAAUGAAGGACUCUGUGGACGAGGGGAUUCCAACUGAGCAUAAAAAUGGUGUUAUCUCUCCGAGCAGUGUAGUCAAAAGUCAUGAAAAGAGUCGACAACGACUUCAUGAAAAGUCGUUUUUAGAAGCGAGGGAGAUGGUGACCGUAGAAAACACAAGCGUUCCGGUGAGUGCCUACUUCUAA